GAUGUGAAUGAGACGGACUCGGGUUCAGCGGGGACGGAGGGCUGCUGUCAAAGAAUGCCUCAGCAAACGAACGCACCGUCUGCAUUAGCUCCUGAUUGUAAACAUUUAGCUUCCAAAUAUAUAGCGUAUAACAUUUAGUCGUGACUGUUUUUUUUUUUAUUUGCAAGAGGAUCGUCCGGUGGACUACGUUAAACAUCCUGAAGCCAGCAUGCCUCCAGCUCAGAGCCUUCAAUCGAGCGGACUGACUCUCUCAGAAACAAGCAUGGGUUCCUUUAAGAGGAGGAAGAGGAAAUCCAUAAUAGUGACGGUGAUGCUGCUCAUCGUAUCUGUGCUCAUCCUCAUCUUUGGCCUGGCAGCAACUACCAGGACGCAGAACAUCACAGUGGGCGGCUACUACCCAGGAGUCAUUCUGGGCUUUGGCUCUUUUCUGGGAAUUAUCGGUGCUCAUUUGAUAGAGAACAAGAGGCAGAUGUUAGUGGCAUCUAUUGUCUUCAUCAGUUUCGGAGUGGUGGCUGCCUUCUGCUGUGCUAUUGUUGAUGGAGUAUUUGCUGCAAGGCACAUUGACCUCAGGCCUCUGUAUGCCGGCCGUUGUGAGUAUCACUCCAGCGAGACAGCAUCUGACCGUGAUGUGCCGUGUCAGACAAUGUCGCGCUCGUCCUGUAACCUGCGCGUGAAGAGCAACACCUGUUACUGCUGCGACCUCUACAACUGCGGGAAAGAACAUCCUCUUAUGGGACUUCAGAAUAAAGAUGUUUUGAAAAAGUUUAGGAAAUCAUCCAUGAUUUGGAACCGUGUAGAGGUGAUUGGAGGCUACCAUGAAUACACUGAUGUGAGGAGCUGCCAGGACGUGGUGCACCUCUAUCACCUGCUGUGGUCCGCUACCAUCCUCAACAUUGUGGCCCUCUUCCUGGGCAUCAUUACGGCUGCAGUGCUGGGAGGCUUCAAGGACAUGACUCCCUCUCCUGCAUCGGAGAGUUCAUCUGAACCAGAGGCCAUCACAGCCCCCGUCCCCUCAGAGCCUCCUCCACCCACCACUUCUCUCAACUCCUAUUACAACACUGCCCCCUGCCUGCCGCCAUACACUGCCUACGACCUGCAGGGCUCCUUCAUGUUCCCUGACUCCUCCGGCCUGUCAGAUGACUCCCAGUCUGGAGCCAGCCACCUGUGGCCCACUAUGGUCCCUCCACGCUACUCCCCUCCUCACAACCAUCCUGAUGAGAAGCCCCCACCGUACAGCCCGUAAGACGGCUUCGAGCAAAGAAAACACCUCAAGCGCUAUUAGCUUGUUGUUAGAUGCUGAAUGAGUGGUUUGAAUGCACAACGCCUCUGGGCUUUUCCUCACAAUCGUUCAGAACUGCAGUGAAGGGAAGGUGGUGAGGAGGAGGACGUCCACAGAGUACACGGACUUUGAGUUCAGCCCAACACAAGGGAGCGAGUGUUUGUCUCCCAGGGCGCCACUCACACUCUGGCCUGCACUGUGUGUGUGUGCGUGUGUGUGUGCGUGCGUGCAUGUGUGCGUGUGUGUGUGUGUGUGCGUGCACAUACACAUCAAGAGAUACAACCAGUUCAAAGCCAGGACUGUUUACACAUCUAUCUGCCUUAAUGCAAAUGGACUUCCUGCGCUGCAGCACUCUGUCACCUGGAUGUAUUCUGUGCAAGGUCAACAAAAAAAACAAACUCUCCUCCAGCUCAUGCUUUACAUUCACCUCUCUUUAGUGUAAAUGCUUCCUGCUUCGAGUGGUACUGAUGAUAACAUCCUCACUGUGAGGACCUGGACUGAUUAGUACAGCUGCGACCCUCAUGUCAGAUUAAUGCAGAGUUAGAUGAAAGCUUUCCCGAAUCUGGAUCAGCUUGAAUUAAAUUAAAAACUUUAGAGUUUUAGGCCCAAGCCGUCGUUCCUUUAGCAGUUGAAAGUGUCAGUGUACAUUAUCUAAGGAAAAGUUAGCAGUAACGGAGGUAUUACAUGCUCAUAAUGUAUGUACAGCAGUAUGAUAUACAGAAGCUCUUUUAGCAGUUAGGCCUAAGGUUUGCAAACAGAUCUUGGUAUCUAUUUAUCAACUCUUCACUUUAUGUUAAAGAAUAUCCUGAUCAAUGUGUGAUGAACUUUGCAGAGCAGUGUUAAUGAAGAAAAAAUAAGCUAUUCUACCUAAAGUAGUUGUUGAAGAAAUACAGUUAAUAAUUACACUCUGAACUCUAUUUAUUGUAUUUUCCACUAAAAAGCUGCAAAGCAGGUAAGCAUAUGUAUGUCUCUCUCUUUGUAAGUAGUACUAAUGUCACAUCUACGAGCUGAAAUGUGUUGUCCUUGUCACUCAUUUGAGAAGAUUGAGUGUGAACAGUCAGUGCUGGAUUCACUGACAUGAGAUGGGAGAUCAUGAAGAACGGUCGGCAGAAGUGUAAACUUACUCCAUGUCCAUGAAACCAGUCUCUGUCAGCUUUAAUCACUGCUUUUUAUAAUUUAAACCACACAUUCUCAGGGGCUGAUAAAGUGUCAGUUCCUUUUUUG